AUGGUUCCUUACAAACGACCAGCCGCAGACAAAUCCGGCGUACCAGUGUACCAACCCAACGCAACCACCUACCAACAAUUGAUGCAACUCCAACAGCCGUUCGUGCCCGUGUCAUGUGAGUAUCCAACCUCGGCUGCUCCUCCUCCCACCUCAACAGCUUCGCCUUCGAUACCGGAGGCGGCUGCGGCUGUUAAUCCGGCAACAUCGGUUGCCACGAUUCAAUCGCCUCAGGCGCAAGCGCAGCCGGCUCAACAGCCUCAGCCACCUCAGCCAUUAGCUCAGUACAGUAAAGAAAACGAGCUGCAGGUUCCUCGUUCCGUGACACCGUUGACAAACACCACCGCUAGCUUACCGGCACAGCCCAUAACGGUUUAUCACGAUCCCGCGGCUCUUGCCAAAGAAGUCGCCCAGCAAAAUUACGCUAAAGCGCUUAAACUUGCCGCAAUGAAUCAGUCUUUGGCCAACUCGCAUCAAAUGAGUCAAUUGAAUCCGCUUAAUUACACUGGGGUUACUCUGAACAAGCAACAUUUAAGCAUUCCUCCGCCUACUUUGCGCUAUCCCCAAGGAUUACCUUUGGGCUUUGGAGCUGCUGCUGGCUUAAACUUAGGCAUGCAGAAUCCUUAUUCUGCGGCAUUAGCUCAGCAAAGCUUUUUCAUGGGGCGUCCACCACCAACUACAGCCGCUGCUUUCCAGUUCAAUCCUUACUCGCUUAUGAGACCAGCCGUUUAUGCUAAUGCAACGUCUACCGCUUCCGUAGUCCCUUCUUCUAUGUAUGGUGGAGGUCUUUUAGCCCAGUAUCCCAGUCCUAACGUUUCGACUUCGCCCAUGACCAACGUCACUCCUUCGGCUGCAAAUAUUGCCGCGCAAAACAACAAUAACGUUGUCAUGCAACCCUAUAAGAAGUUGAAGACUUCUUAA